AUGGAAAUAAUACAUAUUGGUCAAAAUGUUCUUGUCUACUUUGAUGGUGUGCUCUAUCAUGCAAAGUGUAUGAAACGACGCAUAUCGAAUGAUGGGAUUCUUGAAUAUUAUGUGCAUUAUAUGCGCUUCAAAGCAAAAUGGGAUGAAUGGGUUACAGAAGAUGAUGUGUUAGAGGUUAAUUCCAUAAAUUUAGGUCACAAAGAAAGACUAGAAUCUAGACGGAAAAGUUGUAGAAAGUUAAAAAGGACGAAAAAAUCUCAAGAUCCAUGGACACCAGAAGAUGGUCAACCAAAGCCAGCAGAAGAUGCCUCACCAAAUCCAGCGCCAAGAAAAAGAGGCAGGCCAAAAAAAAUAUUAAAACCAACUGCAAAACCAGCUGUAGAAAAAAAAGCAAUUUCAGAUGUACAAAAUGAAGAAAUCUCAGUUGUACAAAAUCAAGAAACCUCAGUUGUACAAAAUGAAGAAAUCUCAGUUGUACAAAAUCAAGAAACCUCAGCUGUACAAAAUGAAGAACUCUCAGUUGUACAAAAUGAAGAAAUCUCAGUUGUACAAAAUGAAGAAAUCUCAGUUGUACAAAAUGAAGAAACCUCAGUUGUACAAAAUGAAGAAAUCUCUGUUGUACAAAAUGAAGAAAUCUCACUUGCACCAACUAAAGAAACUUCGAUUGCACAAACUAAUGAAAUCUCAAUUGUACAAAAUGAAGAAACCUCAGUUGUACAAAAUGAAGAAAUCUCAAUUGUACAAAAUCGAGAACUCUCAGUUGUACAAAAUCAAGAGAUCUCAGUUUUACAAAAUCAAGAAAAGUUUUUGGCGAUUAAUUUUGAUACUUUUUUCCAUAUCAAUGAUUUCAUAGCUGCUGAACACUAUCCAUUACAAGAUUAAACCAUGAAAUUAGUCUAGCUUCAUAACUUGUUAUCAAAGCAUUAAAAUACUCAAUGUAAACCUUACAAGGAGUUUGUCGAUUAUUAAUAAGCAUUGGUAGUUUUAAGUUAUUUUAAAAGAUUUUUUUUAACUUUAAUUUUUAUGAUUGUUUAAUAUUUGUGAUUAAGUAUGUUAUGGCAUGGCCAACAUAA